GGGAAGCUUAAGGGAUUUGGGGGACCCACGGGGACAGAAAGGCCAGCAACCUGGCUCAGCUCAGUCUACACAGAGGGGCUGUGGCAGAAGGAGGGCUCAGGGCAGGCUCUGCCGCUCAGAUCACCAUGUACAGCUUCAUGGGCGGUGGCCUCUUCUGUGCCUGGGUGGGGACCAUCCUCCUGGUGGUGGCCACGGCCACGGACCACUGGAUGCAGUACCGGCUGUCGGGGGCCUUUGCGCACCAGGGCCUGUGGCGGUACUGCCUGGGCCACAAGUGCUACCUGCAGACGGAGAGCAUCGGCCCAGGAGUAAGCAUGGCUGCCCCCACAGCAUACUGGAAUGCCACCCGUGCCUUCAUGAUCCUGUCCGCCCUGUGCGCCACCUCAGGCAUCAUCAUGGGUAUUCUGGCCUUCGCCCAGCAGUCCAGCCUCACCCGCCUCUCCCGGCCGUUCUCUGCUGGCAUCAUGUUCUUUGCCUCCACCCUGUUUGUCCUGCUGGCCUUGGCCAUUUACACCGGAGUCACCGUCAGCUUCCUCGGCCGCCGCUUCGGGGACUGGCGCUUUUCCUGGUCCUACAUCCUGAGCUGGGUGGCGCUGCUCAUGACCUUCUUCGCAGGCAUCUUCUACAUGUGCGCCUACCGCGUGCGAGAGUGCCGGCGCCUGUCCACGCCGCGCUGAGCUGCCGGCCGCUGGAGAGGAGAGGCCGGCGCCCUGCCUUCGCUUCCUGCUUCCUGCGGCGUCAGGGGCUCCGCGAGGGCCGGCCCCCGUGUCCGGAGGGGAAGGAGCUGAAUAGGGCUUGGUGGGAGGCAGCAGAGAAGCCCCGAGCCCCACCUGCCAGGGGGGCUGUUAGAGACACUGCGGAUCCCUUAGUGAGACGUUUGGGGUCAAAUAAAAGUGAUGUGAAACCA